CCAGUUAUAUUUUGCAAUCAAGGAACGAAGGGGAAAUUUUUGGAUGCAACUGUAUGUGUAACAGCUAUGGUAACCAUAUCAUGGUCAUCAGACAGUACCAGAUAGUAUUCCAAAUGUGUGGUAAUGUCGCAAAACGAAGCAAAGGUCACAGUAAAGAGUAAGAGGGGAAGUAGUAAUUCGGAAGAAUCCUGCAAAUGCUACUGCCAAGGUGGCAAACGAACCAGCUAUCCAUACGGAUGGACUACUACUACUACUGCUUCUGUUCAGUAUGAUUCCAUCGGUGAAUCAUCAUCUCGUGCAGAAGAUCGUUCAUUAACAAUUAAAUCAGGCCAUAUCGAACACAUAUCUCACCAGGCGGCACAUCCCGUUGCAGUGAGACAUCUCGGGAAUCAAACAUUGGAAAGAAAGCCAAUUGAUUGCAACUCGGACACGAGCCUUAAACGAACUAUUACAAGGAUUGAAUCAACGGGAAUGUCGUAUACUAAUCGAGGGCCUAGGGAUGGCAUCAGGAGUGGUGGCGUUUCAGUUCAAGUAUUGAGCGCUCUCAUUGGAAAUUCAGGAAGUAGCACAUAUAGUCGAAUAAUGGGUAAAGUUAUGCGAGUCCUUGUAGCCGGAUCGAAGAGGGUUGGAAAAACUGCGUGCUUAGAACAGCUCGCUUGUCUUAACGAUAUCACUGAUCAGCCUUACGUACCUACGAUUGAAGAUACCUAUCAAAUCCAGAUGGAUUACGGAGAUCGAUCCAAAGAAAUUAUGGUUUUUCACGAUACGGCCGGAAUUAGUGAGAGUGGCCCAAUCGAUCUCAAGCGUUCCUACAUUCAGGUAGCGGACGCGUUUUUGUUACUAUAUUCGGUUGUUGAUCACGAAACGUUCAACAGAAUGGAUAUGUUAAAAAAAGUGAUUGAUAAACAAUUUGGUAAGGAUAAAAAGGAGGUGCCUAUAGUUGUUUUGGGAAAUAUGAUUGAUCUUCCAGGUAGAAAGGUUGAUAGUGAAUUCGCACGGAGCUGGGCUAUCAAAGAAAAAGUGAAAUUAUAUGAAGUAACUGCAAAGAACCGUAACACACUGGUUGAUUUAGUCGUAUAUUUAGGUAACCGACACUUCCAUUCACAACGGGAAUCAAAAUUUUCCCUCUCUAAGAAGCUGAAAGCUGAGAAAUCUAACGCUGCCAUAUUGAUGGAUUUGUGAAAUCACCGUUGUGUUUCCCACAUUUUUGUUGAUUCGCUAAAACUUCAUUUAAUCAAUAGAACUCGAAGAUAUUACUUUUUUAAUGGAGUCACAUCUAUAAAUAUUUUCGCGAUUCGCAAAUAUUUAUAAUCGGUAACUCAACUGUAUGUUGUCUCCAUUGGGGCAUAACUUUCAUUUUCUGUGAGUUCGUUACAUUUUCUAUAAAUUACACGAUCAAAAUCUGCGGUAAGGAUUGAUUCAGAAAUAAUGGAAGAAAUGAGACGUCUUUAAGAAAUUGACAUCUUGCUCAUCUUUUAAAAACAAUUUUAAAAUUUAGAAACAAUUAAUGGUAGUUGCUUGUAGGAUGACAGUCCUGCUGAUCGAUAUCUUCUGUAAUUCUGUAACUAUGAACUGGUUGUGAGCCAUCUGCUCUAUAUCAAAAGAUGUGAUUCAUAUGCACUUCAUUUUUCGUGGUGCUUGAUUUUUUAAUCUGUUAAUGCAUGGUAGUUGCUGAGGAGAGAAAAACCACUGCCGCUUUGUCCAUUUCUCACUUUGCUAUAUGUUCGACAUGUUGAUAAUUAUGAACUACCAAUUACUUUACAUGGUUGGUCGAGAUUGACCAGUAUCGCAUGGUUCUUCAAUUGAAAUACAGUAGGAAAUCCUUCAUCUUAUAUCGCAAUGCAACACUUAUCAAUUUGGACUAUAAAACGAUAAAAAUCAGAGAUUAUAAAUACGACUGGUAAAGGAAUUGUAUAUUAUUCUAUGUAUGAUGCGAUGCCACAUGACAGUUGUUCCGAAAUAUUUUCCUCUGAAUCUUUUCUUGAAUGUUUUUUAAUUGUGUCCAAACAGGCUUCUGAAUCGUUGAAAAAGGUCAGUUUUCUUUCUCCAUUCUUUAUUGUGAUACAAAAGAAUAUAAAUCCCGUUGUUAUGC